AAAAGGAGAAUUCAAAUUAUGUACAGCUUUUCUCAUCAUUCAAUCCGCGUAACACGUACUCACAUCAUUGAAAAUUGAGCAUUACAAAUCUCCAAUUUUCAAACUCACUACUCACCUUUAAUCAUGAACUCAGUUCAGAGUUCAGACCACCAUUAUUAUUUUCUCAUCUUCCUCCUCCCUUCAUACCCAACCAACUAAAGGCUACUCCUCUGCAACAAAACACAUUUGAGAAAAAAAAAAAAGGGCUAUAAGCGCAGUGUUCCAUCUACUAGCCAACUUCGCACCCUACCUCCAACAAGAGGCCAAUUUGUUGACUGGAGUUCGAAAAGAGAUCCAAUACAUCAGAGAUGAAUUCGAGCGCAUGACAGCUUUCCUUGGAGUUGCCGAUGCUACGGAAGAAAACAACCCCGAACUCAAAGUAUGGGUCAAGCAAGUCUGAGAAGCUGCGUACGACAUUGGAGAUGUUCUCGAGUUGUACAUGCUUCGCCUCGGACAUCAUCAUGGUGCUGGAUUUCGCAGUUUUCUUGGUAAGGUUUCUUGCUUUAUUAAGACUUUAAAAGCUCGUCACCAAAUUGCUUCGGAAGUUCAAAGAAUGAAGGCCAGAGUCAUCGAUAUUUCGAAGGGACAUCAGAGAUACCAUGAAAGACAUGGUAUGUUAGAGCAAGGCUCAAGCUCAAGGUCCACUGGUCUUAACACAGCAUGCCAUGAUUAUCGUGGCGAUGCCCUUCUACUCCAUGAAUCUGAGCUUGUGGGCAUCGACAUGCCCAAAUCGCAACUACUUAGGUGGUUGGUGCAUGAAGACCCCAGACUCAAGGUGUUUUCCGCAUCAGGAAUGGGCAGAUUAGGCAAAACAACACUGGUUAAAAAGGCCUUUGAUGAUGCAGUUGUGAAGAAUCAUUUCCAGAGCCAUGUUUGGAUCACUGUUUCUGAAUCCUUCAAGAUUGAGGUGCUCCUAAAAGGCAUCAUCAAACAACUUUUUGAAGAAAUCAAGCAACUAGUCCCACAAGGGAUGGACAACAUGGAUACCAACAGCUUGAAAGGGAUAAUUAAUGCUUUCCUGCAACAAAAGAGGUAUGUGCUUGUUUUCGAUGUUGUAUGGGAUAUUCAUGCUUGGCAAUCUUUUAGAUAUGUGUUUCCCAUAGGCAAUUGUGGGAGUCGCGUAGUGCUGACAACCAGAAAUGCAGAUU